GAUAAUCAAUCAAUCAACCGCAUUAGCCCACGGUCCAGGAGCAAUUUCCUGCUUGACCCUGUGCGGCUAAAUUGAUUAGAAUAAAACGAUUAUUGGGUUUGACAGUCGCCAUGGAUGAAGACUGUGAUUUAGCCGAAGGUUUUGGUAAGGACGUUUAAUUGUGUCAUUAGUGUAUGAGCUUGGAAAUGUUCACCUGCCGACCAAAGACAGGCUCGACUCUGUAGUCAAACUUUAGAGGACUUUUAAAAACUUUCCGAGUUCAUAAUCUGUCCUGUGAGGCGCAGCUCCCCUCGCUGCUCGGUUCCACUGAGACAAUUUUAAAGUCGGUUAUUAACAUUCACGACCCCCUGUUUGUAGGUGGGGACAGGUUAGCUAGUUUAGCUGCAGCUAGCCGUUCAGAGUUAAUUAACUGUCAGGUGAGGUGGCACGAGGAGCUGCACAGCUGGGACACUAAUUAAGUCAUUGCAGGCUGCAGCGCCGCGUGAGCGUGACGUUAUCAGGUUCUGUUUGACCUGGAGGUGAAUGGUGAAAUAAGAGAGACAACAGCACCUAUUUUAGGAGGUUAUGAGUGCAGUAUAGGCGCUGUUUGAUGAGAAAUAAUGAAAAUAUGAGACCAGCAGGAGCCUCGUUAUUCACCACAGAAGUAUUCAGACAAACUAAUAUUAAAGAAGUGGAAUUCAAUCCUGUCAGGAGCGUUUAAUCAUAUUUACCACAUAGUUUUGGUUUUUUAGAGCUUGAUGAUAAAGCUGAACCUUCUGCUUGUUAGUUUGCCAGUUUAAAUAAAAAGUUAGAUUUCUUACUAUGACAGGAUAGUGAGUAUCUUUUAUAUGGGCCAGCUGUAUACAAAAAGCACACCUUUAGUAAAUGUCAGCUCUGUCUGUGGUUUUCCUUCCCCCCUUUUAUUUCUGCAACUUUUAUAGAUAAAAAGAUAAAUAUCUUUAUUAAAAUUCAAACCACCAGAUUAUUUGGCAACAAAAUACAGCCCAAAGUAACUGUCAGAGUUUAAAACUUCCCUUUGCUCUCAUAAUAAAAGUCCAGUUUGUAAUUUAAAACAAAUAUGUCAACUGCAGCUCAUUAUAUAUAGUUUGUGUCAGGAGAGCUGUAGCACAAACCUAUUCUAAACGGGGAUAAACAAAACAGUAUUUUUAAUUUGCCCUGCUUCCAACAAACCAGAAACACUCAACCUAUGGAGGCAAUUUAUGUAUUUUAAGAGUAAUUGUCCUUCACUUAAAGAUUAGGUGAAAAAAACAGGAAACCGAAAGAAAACUAACUAACAUUAGAGUCUAAACCCUGAUGACCGGAGAGAUUUGACCGGUUCAAAUUUAACUAGAACAUCUACUUUAUGAGGCUUAGGCAGAUCAAGAAGUAAAAGUACGCUAAAAUGUGUACUGGAGGUGAAGUUUGUUAAGCGAGGAAAGAGAAAGCCGAAUUUGUCACAUGCUGCUGAUAAUGAAGACUAUUCAUGGCACAAUGAGACACACGAGGGGAUUGAGCGAGCUUCAUGCUAUAGGACAGAAGAAACAGCAGAAACCGAGAGAGAGAGAGAGAGAGAGAGAGAGAGAGAGAGAGAGAGAGAGAGAGAGAGAGAGAGAGAGAGAGAGAGAGAGAGAGAGAGAGAGAGAGAGAGAGAGAGAGAGAGAGAGAGAGAGAGAGAGAGAGAGAGAGAGAGAGAGAGAGAGAGAGAGAGAGAGAGAGAGAGAGAGAGAGAGAGAGAGCCGGGGGUUACAUGACUGCAGCCUUGUGGCUCUGCACAACUUAACCACUUAGGCAAACCAGGGCCCUAUUUUAGCCCAAUUACAUCCUAAUGGGACAAAAUGAAAGAAAGACACAUCUGAUUAGAAAGGUCAAAGGUUGCCUCGACUGUUAUGUCAUGAUAUUCAGGGUGAAAAAUGUGUUAUUUGGUGAACAUUCAGUGAUUUUUAAGCUUAAACUUUGGUCUUCUAUUGCCUGUAUUGAGAGGAACAGUCUGAUUUUACAUUUACUUUAUUAAAAGAGAGAGCUGUGCUGUUAUUUGGAGCCUCCUGUGGAUGAUUGUGUAUCACCUGUCAGUCAGUGUUGGCCCCCUAAUAAGAUUUCUUUCAGGCGAAUGCUGUUUUUGAAAAGUUGUCUGUAUGCUCUUUGUUCCCCCGUGUGGCAGUUUCCUUUUAUUCUGUGGACAACACUAAAGGGUAUACACUAUAACUUGCAACAGCAGUAGUGCUGAAUCAUACAACCCUAAAGUGGUCAUUUUAUUGUUCUUAUGUUUCAUAGCUGCUACUGUCUAAAGCUCCAAAGCCCACCUUUCCUCACAACUCUGCAAUAAGGUGCUGUUGGAUUUUAUGUGGCUGCAGCUAAAGCCGGACUUUAGCCUCCUGGCUGUGGCUCCUGUGAGAGGGGAAAGACGGAGACUCUCUAAAGUCAUCUGUUAUUAUAUGUAUGUUUAUAUUUUUACAAGCUAAGUCACUUUUUUAUCUGGAAUUACAAACUUAAAGCUCCCAUAAGGACUUUUUUGUAUUUAUGAAACAGACUGGGAUUCAUUUUGGAGCCUUUUCAUGAUAUCCAAAAACAAACAAGAGCAUCAGAAACAAGAUUUGAUUGUCAUUUUAACAUCUGAAACUAGUGCAAGAGGGUCGGUGAAUGCUGAGCAGCUGAAGAGACAGCCCUGUUUUUCAAUUUCCACCUGAAGAACUCAUAAUAAAGGACACAUUUGAUCAUCAAAAGUUAGCAGGAUGAGAUUUUUUUGGUUAAAUAUAUCACUUGACAAUUUAAAGGAGAGCAUAUGCAAAGACUGGUUUGUCCACAGAGGGCGCCAAAGUUGAGACAAACUGAAAGUUCCUGACGGAAGUUUUAGUGUAUUAUUCUGCACAGAUCUCUUCACACUUUUUAUUUCACCAGAUUUCUAAUUUUUUAAUUUAUCCUGUUUUUUGUUUUGUUUUUAUGUUUAAUUCAUUUGUCUAGGCAAUGCAAACAUGUUUUUAAUGCCAAUAAAGCCAUUUGAAUUGACUGAAUUGAUAAAUGGUGGAAAACCACCUAAGUAUAAUGAUUUUCAAGUCUUGCCAUUACUAUAAGACAGAGGUUUAUUUUUACAAUCAAGCUCAUUUAACCAUAAAGAAAUAAUCUUUAUUUCUUUUGCAUAUGUUAAAAAUACAAUAAUACAUCUGGAUUUGUUUUAAUCACUUUGAGUUUAAUAGUACAUUUACUUUUGGUCAAGUGCAGUUAACAGUCAUCAUGUGAGAAUUGCGAAAGUAGUCCAAGCUCUGAUAAAAUCCUCUCACUUCCCUCUGCUGCAGACUGUCCAAGCCUUCUGUGCGAGGAGCUGGAGGAUUUGGAAACAAUAAAGGACCAAGGGAGCACAAGGAGGAGGGAAGGAGAAGAUAAACAAGCAUUUAAUGAAAGGGCUGAUGAGGAGGCAGGAGAGAAGAAGGAGAAGGAGAAGAGGGAGAGAGAAAAGAAAGUUUUCGUGUCAGAAAAAGACGUUAAGGCAGCAGAGGAAGAAGAGGAGGAGCAGGUAAAGCUGGAGUGUGGGCGGCGAGCGGAGGAGGCACAGGAGGUGCAGAUGGGAGACAACACAGUGGGGAACAAUGAGGAGCAGGAGGACAGAGACACAAAAGGUCUGGGAGAAAAAUAUGAGAAAAAGAAGAGUAGAAAGAGGCGAGGUAAGAAUCAGAGCGAGCGCCUGAGAAACAGGAGAAAUUUUAAAGACGCUGCUGAGUGCUUUGAGGGGGAAAAGAGGAGUCAGAUUCAGGAGGUGUCAGUGAUGAGCUCUGAGGGGAGCAUGGUUCUGUCAGAGCCUCCCAUCGGACUAAUGAGCACCUGUGACCUGUCUGAUCCUAUUUUUCUGGGCUAUGGGGGGACCGGCCUGUAUCGCCAACCAGUUUCUGUCCCCCUGCUGUACUCCUCACAAGCUCCAGUCCCGAUUCAGCCUGCACCUCCUCACUCCCACGGGAUGAAAAGAGCCCUCAGCUCUCCUCUACCUCACAGUCUCCCCCAGCAGGGCCUCCAGCCUCCUGAGGUUAGAACCGACUGCCUGUGUUUACCAAUCACCUACCAGUGAUUUACUCACUGUCUUACAUUACACUCUGACACCAGCUCAGGAUGGGAAACUCAAAUGCUGCUGUCUGAUUUGUUUCAGAAAACCUUUUAAAUGAGUCUGACUGAUCAUAACCAGACCCUGACCUGCUGGUUGGAAACUACAAAAUGACAAGAAAUCAUAAAAAUCUGGAAGAACAACCCACAAUAUUUCAGUCCUUGUGUUUGUUAUGUUUUCUCCUCUACUCAGCUUAACGCUGCAGGAGCUCUCGUGGGUUAAGUGGGCUGUCAAUCAUGAUGUCCCCUUUUUAAAUCUUGAUAACUAAAACUAAACUUAUCUGAGACUUGGGACAUAAAUCAGCAUAAACAGUCUAUUCAAGGGCAAAAUAUUGGAAAUAUCUCUGAAUUUAACAGCUAGUUAGUUCAUAUUCUGCACCAUGUUGUUACUCUGGAUUAAAUAUUUCAACCAAAAUGAUUCAUAUUUGUGAAGCUGAAACAUCCAGUCUACAGAGAUGUUCAGAUAAAUGCUUCAAAAGCAGGAGCUUUGACCUCUUCAACCUAACAGACACAUUUGCGUGCUCUAGUGAAGACAUCCAGGUUUCUAAUAAUAACUCAUUGUCAUGUAUAAUCACAGUGCAAUGUGUAUGAGGUGAUGCACACCUACACCUUCUGCAAUAUUAAUGAUGCAGCUGUGAAAAUAGCCUCCUGGAUUUUCCUCAGUGUGCGGUGAUGAGCUUCACCGUGAGUGUUGGAACAAACACAUGGAGGAUUUGAUCAUGUUUAACCGCGCGGACAUAUUUAAUAUCAUCUUAAACUGAGAAAUCCAUUAUAGUGUUUAAUUUGCUCAAAGUUUGACACACUGAACAUUUACCGAGAACUUUUUGUAAGAACUUUUGACUCUAAAUUCCUUUAAUUUCUUACCUCAUCAAACAAAAUAAGCUGUGAAUAAAUCAGACACUGAAUUCCAUUUUAAAAAUAUGAUGAGUGCCAGGUUAUAUUUUCCUUUUAACAGAUGGAUUUCGCACAGAUCUAUUCCAACCAACGCUCCACACGCUGCAACAACAGGGGUCGAGGCCGAUCCCUGAGCUUCCCUGUGCUGCAGGGCUCGGAGACGGAGGACGGCCUUGUGCUGCCGCCAGCGCCAAAAAAGAAAACGCGGACUCUCUACAGCACAGGUAACAGAGUGAUCUUUGUGCAGGAGAGUGCAGAUUUGACUAUGCAAAUCACUGACCUGUAUUUGUGGUGUUUUUGUUUGUGUGAAUGCUUCCAGAUCAGUUAGAGCAUCUAGAGGCUUUGUUCCAGGAGGACCACUAUCCAGACGCAGAGAAGAGGAAGGUUAUCGCUGCUGCGGUUGGUGUCACGCCUCAAAGAAUUAUGGUUAGAUGGUCAUUUUUCCUCACUCACUCCUCUUGCAUCUUUCUCUCAGGACCCUCUUUAAUCGUGUGACUUUCUUUUGAAAAUGCUCAGCUGAAAAGAGAAUUAAAUCACUUUCCCAGAUUUAAAUGAUGCACACAAGCAUCCAUGCUUGUUCCACAAAGGAGCAGGUAGCGGUUGUGCUACAGGGUUGCCGCCCUCCUACACCCCCCCUGCCCCUCCUGGUGUACUGGAUUUCUCUUUGUAUCGCAGUCUAACUGAACAAGUGGUAUCCUGCAAUUGUGACUGACUUGUAGCUACACUGUGAUGAUGAUGAUGAUGAUGAUGAUGUGGUCCCCUUUAUUACUUUGACUGUGCACAAGAAGCUGCUAUCAAACAGAGAAUUACGAUUUCCUUAUGUGUUUCAACCCUGAUUCUCUUCCUCCAGCUCAUUUUUCCACCUCUCCCUGUGACUGUGUCUGUGCCUUUAGGUCUGGUUUCAGAACCGCAGGGCAAAGUGGAGAAAGGCGGAGCGCUCCAUCCCAGCGAAGCUUGAGCAUAGACAAAGUAGAGCUGGAUGCAGCAGCAGCCCCUCAUAUCAUCAGAUCAAUCCCACCCUGGCACCCAGCAGGUACGACAGUAUUGUUCCUACAGUGUGUGAUUUUGUAAACACACAUGCUGCAGAUUAUUUAUGUUAAAACUCAUUUUUGUUCAUGUUACAUUUCCAGUAAAAGGGCUCCAUAUUCUGGGUACUUCACAACCAAGCUGCCUCCACUCGCCCCUGCAGCACCUUCAUUCCCACCCCUGUCCAACCAGACUCCCCCAUCCUACAGUAGCCUUUUGGCAAGCGUUAACAGUCCAGGUAUCCAACUUCACAUAUAUUCACACUCUUCAUGAAAAUGUGCUCCUAAAACAAAAGGGCUUUAACAUGUUGAAAUGAAACGACAUAAGCUUAAUCCUCGAAUGUGUGUGAGGGUGUAGCGGGCAGAUGGCACCUCAUCUAUGGUCAAGGGAUUAGUAAUCUUUGCCCAGAGUUAUAGUAUUAAACUGUUUUUAGUUGAAACUGGGCAAGAAAACAGCAAAGGUGCACCACAUCUGGAUCAAAGCUCCACUAGAAUACUUUAACAGGCUGAGAGCUAAAGGACCUCAGAGCAUCGCUACCGUUCCUCACCUCAUCCUACCUUUCUCUGGCUGUCCAAUGUGACUGGACUCCUGAUGUGUGUGUGUGUGUGUGCACGGCUUGGUUGGCAGACAGGUACAAAAUCCUGUCAGUCCAGAUCAAAAGAUAGGGCUAAAAACCUGCUUUAAAGGCAGGUACCCCCGAUUAUUUUCCUCUUUUAUCACGUCAUUUGAUUGAUUAAUUUUUGAUGUGCAGUCAUUUUAAACAAUCAGAACAAAGAUGCUUUAAAAUAAAUUGGCUGUCCUAGUUUUGGUAAACACCUGAAAGAUCAAAGUUUGUACAAAAUCUCUGAAGUAAUAUCAGUCUGUGCACGCUGAGUUGUUUUUUUAUUAGCCUGGACAUAGCCUCAGGUCAUCUUCAGAUAGAAAAAUGCAGAGUUGGUGAGCAGCAUUUAAAGCUAAUUAAGUUUUCUUGUACCACAGUGGAGUUUUUUCUUUUAGGACCUGCUGAGGGAAAGAGCUGCAAGAAAUGUCUGAUGUCACACCAUUAUUCAUCACCUUAUUCUUUGCAGAAUCAACCAAACUGUGGGUUUGAUCUUGUUUCAAAAUUCAUAAUGUCUUUAGUGGCUUUAAAAUUAUGUAAUCACAGUUUGUUGCGGGACCCACAAAGAUUCAUCUUAAUGCUGUAAAGUCGUGACUUACUUGUGCAGAGUGUAACCUCAGUGUUCAGAGGACCUUCACCGUGCUGCUCAGGCUGUAAAAUUCCCCAGAAACAGAGCUACAGUAUCACUUUAAUCCUCAGGUUUAAUCUCUAUGUUUCAUCUCCAAGGUCAAUCCAGAGUGAGAGAUGGGGGCCAGCACCAGCUUUCAUCUCAGGGGGGUUUGGCAGAGUACCACCCCCGCCCCAUGCAUAGCCCUCCCCCACUUCGUCGAGCCAGUUUCCCCCUUUUUACAACCAACUACAACCCGGUGAACUCCGCUCCACCUCUGCUCAACACCCUGGCUCACACCCCGCCUCUGCUCCUGGAUGCUCUGGACGGGGGCUCUUCUUUGGGCCAUCGUGACACCCAGUCUCUGCAGAGUGACACCAGGUCAGUUAAGCUCACAACCGACACUGACAUAAAUACUAGGAGAUGGUUUGAACUGGGACAAUGAGUACAAGACAUGACAGGAGGACAGAGAAUUGGCAGACUGCAGACAUGAGCAGGGAUCCUGUGAAAUACAGAUUUAAUGAUGCCUCAGACAGGGCCUGAAAUAGUGGGGAGUCAGUUUCAGCUAGCGCUGUGUUGUGUUUAAGAAGUCAUGCUGGGAGAAGUCUCAGCCAGUAAUUACUUUGAACAAAAUUUUGUUUGUUUCACUACAAUCAUGUAUCACAGCGCUAAAAAUCCCCCAAUGCAACAGAACACAAAACCAUGAAUAUGAAUACAUUUUCCUGUCCUGCUGCUGCUGGGAGACGUCUGAUUCUUUUAGCACCAAAUACCUCCAGGGUUUCUGAAUGGCAAUGUCAGUCACAGGUUGUGAACUAUAACAGCAAAUAUUGAAUGAAUUUCCAACAAAAAUGGUUCAAUUGCAAAACCAGAAUGACAUCUCUUUCAUCUUAAUGAUAGUACACUAAACUGAAACAGUAAAAUUAGCAGAAAUGAACUGAUGUGAGCUUGUUUGAUUGAUUCAGUCUGGGCUGCGUUUGUCAUAUUUGGCUGUGUUCUGAGAGCUCCCUGCCCUACCACAUGUGCCUGUGAGGUGCCAAGGCAGGUAGAGCAGCAGCAAAGACCUCUAAGAACAGAACAGAGCUAGCAUCAGUGACAAUGUAUAAGACACUGUUGAAAUAAUCCACAGCAAAAAUAGGAGCUUGGUUGGAGGUCAGAAAGAUCACACCUAAUUUUCUAUGUGCACACUUAAAAAGCUGAGGCAGGGAGAGGAUCAGUAAGGAGCCCUGGUGCAGAAAAGAGCAGGCAUCAGUGACAAUGCAUAUGACACUGUCAAAUUAAGACACGGCAAAAUAAAAUUAGGGUUUCAACACUUAGAAAGCACACUUCCAAAGCCAAGGCAAGGGGAGCAUCAGCAAACCCCCCAGGAACAAAACAGAACUGGCAAUGCAUAUCUUACUGGUAAAAUUAGGCACAAAAUAAAUAGGAACUUGGCUUCAACGUGUGUUUUAAAGCUGGAGAUCACCUCUUCCCUGAGUUUUUUAAUGUACAUAAAUGCAAAACUAAAGCUGGGAGAACCAAUAUCUUUAGACUCAGCAGGAAUAGGAACUUGGUUGGAGCUGGAUUUCAAAGCUGGGAGAGCAAACCUCCUCUUUGUCUUAUGUGCAUACAUGUAAAGCUAAAGCAGGGAGAGCAGCAGCAAAGACCUCUGGGUACAGAAUAGAGCGGGCAUCAGCGUGUUGUUACCAUUCAUAUCAGAGUGUUAAUCCUCUCUGUGUUUGAGCUCCUGUGGGUAUUUUAAAACAGCAGCCCGUCUCCUGCCUGAUUUGCAUGUAGUAAAGUGUUUUUAGUGCUUCAGUGUUGUUGGUGGUCUCGUAAAUCUCAGCAGAUAGGCCAGCUGCUCCAGGUCCCAUUCGCAGUGAAUGAUGGUUCUGUGUUUUAUCUGAGUGCCCUUGAAUCCUGUCAUUUUGGAAACUUGACCCCUUUAGAGUGGGCAUUGACAGAUCGCUGAUGUGAGUGGUUAGGGUGGAGAGCGUAUAAAGAUGUUCGUGAUUUUUGACAGGCCUGUGACACCUCUGCUAGCGGUACAGAAUUCAUCUUCUGCUGAACAGUCCUUGCAGGCUUCUUUGCCUUCAGUCUCACAACAAACACAGACAGACUUGCCUAUCAUUGACGAAUGAGUUCAGUUAAAGGGUACAGGACCUUAUUAAACCCUCAUAGUAACACACAAAGUUCGGGUGUUUUUAUCACUUUUUCGUGUGGUCUUCAGCUCUCUGUUUGACUUUGGGGACAAGCUAGACUUCCUGACCUCAGGGCGUCAGAACAACACCCUCUCCUACCAGCUCCAGACCUCCUACCCCACCAGCCAACCUCAGCACCAGCCACAAGCAUCUCUGACCCGUAUGGCCUACCUCACCCCCUCCCCCUACCUCGCACCCAACCCUCCGGAUUCUAACUCUACCUCCUACCUGACCUUCGCUCCUGGAGGAAAUUCUGCUGGAUUGGUGACCUACUCCACAGGAGGGCCCGCUUAUUUCCAGUCCCAGAACACAGGACAAAUCCUGCUGCAGUCUGCUGGGCAUCAUGGUAAGACACUGAGGUAGACGUUUUUUGAAUUUUUUUGCAGGGGGAGCACCUCUGUAGAUCUUCAGCCCUGUAACAUGUGACAGCAGGAGGGAUGGCUGAGUUGUGGUUCUGCUCCUGGUCUAACUUAUCUGCAUUUCAGCCUCUUUGUCUCGCCUCCUUUUAUCUGUUUGUUCAUGUACAGGUGGGAUUGCCUCAUACCAGACGUACCCAUGGGGCAGCAUGUAUACUCAACCCCCCAUCCACCAGCGUGCCCAGUGCCCUCCUACCUACGCUGCCAAUCUUGGAGGUGCUCGAGACCUCCAGCCCCCCUCCUCCACCCUGCCUCCCCCUUCUUUCUUCACCCAUGGGCCCUCACAUCCAAACCCCCAGCGGCCCUCACACAACAUCAACAGCAGCAGCAGCACAGUCCUGCCUCCUGUGUCGACCCUUCGGCCAUCUCUUCUCAGAGCAGAGAUCACUCCAACCAAGGCUGCAUCCCUACUGCCUUCUCAGGUCAGCCCUACCUCUCCCGAAAGCCCUCCAGUGCCCCCUAGUGUCAAAAUCGAGUACGACAGCCCUAGAGAGAUUCACAGUCACUUCCACUGUGACUUUUCCCCGCCAAUACACUUUUGAGAGUGUUUAAGUGCUUGUUGUGUGCAAAAACAUCCUGUGUAACCCUGAGUACCUUUGCAUGUCUUUUCAGGUUAUUAUUAUUAUUCUUUUCUCUAAAACAUUAAUGAAAAAAAAACUUUUGCUGGGCUACAUUUGGGCUGGCUACAAUAAAAGUUCAUAACUCUGUUAACCUGUAGAUUUUGGCUUAAAUAUUUUUUCUUCGGGAGCUGGUUUUAAUGGGACUCUUGUUCAGAGGUAGGGUCUUAUCAGUAUAUGCAUGUUGGUAAAUCAUCUUAUUUUGGUUCGGAUGUGGUCGGUUCUAAAUGUUUUUGGUUUUUAAUAACGCAAAAGGCUUGAUAUAGAGUCGGAUGAUGUGCAAAGGAAACGAAAACAGAAAAGAAAGAUUGGGUAAGUGAGAUAUGUUUAUCAGAUGGAUAAGAUAUAUAGUGAAAGAUAUAUAGUGUAGUCUUUAUUACUGUGUCUGUAUCUGUUAGAAACUGUGAGAGAAAGUUUGUGAACACUGUAAAAGUAUAUGUCAGCACAGUUAAAAACAACAACACCACAAUAUACAAGG